AUGGGAACGGGCGCGUCGAACGCCCCGCGCAACAGCAAGGGGUCGACGGGCAAAGUCGGCGCUGGCGGCGGGGCGACGACGGACUGGCCGGAGAGCGCCGGCGGUGGGGCGGCGACGUACGCCAGCAGGGGCAGCGGGGCCGAGUCGUGCGGCAAGUCGGGACGGGCUGGCAGGGCGACGCCGGAUGCGCUGGAGGUGGCGGGGCGGCAGAAGUGGCGGCGGACAGGCCGGUGGACGCCAUCGGGGCUGGCGGGCGGCCGGAGUGCCGUGCGCGCAGGGGAGAGGAGAGGCAAUGGCCGGCGCGGAAGACGCGCGAGCGGCGGCGACGUGGUGGCGGCGGCGGCGCGGAUGGGGAGGCGCGCGGCGGCGGCGAAUAGGGAGGGCGGCGGCUUGGGUGGAUCGCGCGGGCGACAGCAGCGGCUCUGGCAUGCGCGGCGGCUGGCUGGCAGGAGCGAGGCGGCUGGCUAG